UUUAAGUACUGGUUGAGCUCUUUUCGUGCCUAGCGCAGCCAUGGCCCGGGGUCCCAAGAAGCACCUGAAACGCGUAGCAGCUCCAAAACAUUGGAUGCUGGAUAAACUGACUGGUGUGUUUGCCCCUCGUCCAUCUACCGGCCCCCACAAGCUAAGGGAGUGUCUCCCCCUAAUCAUUUUCCUAAGGAAUAGACUUAAGUAUGCCCUAACUGGAGAUGAAGUAAAGAAGAUUUGCAUGCAGCGUUUCAUUAAGAUCGAUGGCAAAGUCCGCACAGAUAUAACCUACCCUGCUGGUUUUAUGGAUGUCAUCAGCAUUGAUAAGACUGGAGAGAAUUUUCGUUUGAUCUGUGACACCAAGGGUCGAUUUGCUGUUCAUCGUAUUACACCUGAGGAGGCCAAGUAUAAAUUGUGCAAAGUAAGAAAGAUAUUUGUGGGGACAAAAGGAAUCCCUCAUCUGGUAACCCAUGAUGCUCGUACCAUCCGUUACCCUGAUCCCCUCAUCAAGGUGAAUGAUACCAUUCAGAUUGACUUGGAGACUGGCAAGAUUACUGAUUUCAUCAAAUUUGACACUGGCAACCUGUGCAUGGUGACUGGAGGCGCUAACCUGGGAAGAAUUGGUGUGAUUACAAACCGGGAGAGGCAUCCAGGUUCUUUUGAUGUAGUUCAUGUGAAAGAUGCGAACGGCAACAGCUUUGCCACACGGCUCUCAAACAUUUUUGUUAUUGGCAAAGGCAACAAACCAUGGAUCUAUCUUCCCCGUGGAAAGGGUAUUCGCCUUACCAUUGCUGAGGAGAGAGAUAAGAGAUUGGCAGCCAAACAGAGCAGUGGAUAAAAUGAUCUCUAUGUGAUGUGAUUGGAAAAGUCUUUGUAAUUAAAGAUAAUACCAAGUGGAAAAAAAAAAAAAAGUACUGGUUGAUGUAGGGCUUUAUAGAAUAAAUAGUACAAUAUAUUCAGUUUUACAUCUUGGUGUUACAUAUGCAUAUAGCAUAAACACUAGAUUUAUUCCUUCCUCCUGAUAGCACCAACCAUGGUGAGUUGUCUGGGCCAAAGGUUUUAAGCUGGAGAUGGGGUGCUGUCCAAGACCUUUUGAAAUUACAUGCAAAUUUUUGUGUGUACUUAAAUGUGUACAGUUCCUUGGGAGAGUGUGUAUAACUUUGAGUAGAUUCUCAGAGAGUUCCAAAAAGAUAAGUGCCUUGGACCUAGACAGUGGAGGAAGCAAAGAAAGCUUUGCAAAAUCAAGCUCAACUUGGAAAAAUCACUGAAAUGAAAAUGAUAAAAUGCAGUGCUGGUCAGUUUAUUGAUGUGCUACAUUGGUCAGUAAGUUUUAAAAUUUAAAGUAUAUAAUGUUCUUUAUUAUAUAAGUGAAGUUGCUCACUGUAGCCUACCAGCAUCCUCCAUCCAUGGGAUUUUCCAGGCAAGAAUACUGGAGUGGGUUGCCAUUUCCUUCUCCAUUAUUAUAUAAAGUCACUUUUAAAAUUCUUACAGUGAUCUAAUGUUGGCAAGAAAAUGACCCUUCUCCCAUAGUAAGAGUUUGAUUUUUUAUGUAACGUGCGUUUGAUGGGGUCUUCCCUAAUUUAGCAUAAUGCUUAGUAGUGAAGAACUUGUAACAGUGGGGAAUUGUGUAGUGUGAUUGCUUUAUCUUAAUGCCCAAUUCUGUAACUUAGAUUUUUUUCUUUAGGAAAAUGACUGGUGUCAAAAAGCAAGGAAAAAACCCUGAUAAUUUUAUUUGAACUUGACUGUGAAAUUAGCACCGACUUUGAGUGUAACAUGACUGAUUCUAGUAGCCCCUGCUGUGUCUAUGUGUGGGAACCACAAGAAGAGCUGUGCAUUUUGAAGGUGCAUAGCACAAAGCAUUGCUGCAGAUAUAAUUUCUACAGUAGAAUUUAAUCAUUCUGGAGAGUUACUAGCAACCGGAGAUAAAGGUGGUAGAGUUGUCAUCUUUCAGCAGGAGCAGGAG